AUGGCAUCGAUCAAGUCAAAGUAUGUCAUUGACCCUCCCACAACAGACCUCCUCUCGUACCUCUUCGACGCCCCCUAUAACGCGCACGGCGGCUGGCCAGACAAAGAACCACUCCUCGUCUCAGCGAGCAAUCCAAACUUCUCAGGCUACACAAUCGAGGAAAUCAAAUCAAUCGUGAAAGCCCUGGGCUGUGGCCUCAACCUGCUUGGUACCCGGGGUAAGCGCAUCAUGGUCUACGGCACGGACAACAUCCAUUUCUGCCUGGCUGUGCUCGGAGUAAUUGCAGCAGGCGCAUCGUGCAACGUGCUUGCUGUGAGUCCUGUGGAUUACCUUGUCAGUAGAUUGCGCCAGCUGGAUUGCGACACUAUUCUCUUUGCGCCGCCGGAUGUGGAUACUGUGCGUGCUGCAGCAGAGGAGUUGGGUAUCCCGAAUGAGAGGCUCUUUAUCGUGGAUGAGGCUCUUGACAACUCGGAGACAACGCUUGCUGUCGGUGGGAUUCGGCACUGGAGCUCUCUCUUGGAUACACCUGGCCGUGCGACGUACGAGUGGCCGAAGCUCUCGCCCGAGGAAGCGAUGACCACGACUGCGUUCCUUAUAUACACUUCGGGGAUAACCGGGACAUCCAAACUCGCCGAACGAACGCACUACAGCCUAAUCGGCAGCAUCGAGUCGACGCUCCACCACAUCAACCUCGAAAAGACCAACCGCGAAACCAUGGCCUGCUGCUACAAAUUCUCGGGCCUCGGCUUCCUCAUGCUCGGUAUCCUCAUCCCGCUAAAGGGGCGCUACAAGACUAUAUUCCCGGCUCCCUUUGCGCCGCCGGCAUUUGCGGAAUCUGCGCAGCGAUUGAGGCCGACGAUCCUCGCCGCACCGAAACAUCUCCUUCGCGCCAUACUAGCUAUGCCGCAGAGACCUGAUCUUAGCACAGUGCGACAUGUACCGACGGGCGGGGCGGUCAUUUCGUAUGAGCUCAUUUCGGAGUGGCAGGGGGCUUUUGGGUCGCAGGUGCAGAGUUCGUAUGGGAUGACCGAGGCCGGCUUCUUCGCAACGCCCGAACCAACGCAUGCCGUCCGGGACGCCGCGGUUGGAAGCUUGCUACCAAAUGUCGAAGCGAAGAUUCUGGAUGAUACCGGCUCACUGCUACAACGGAACGAGAGGGGGAACGUAUACAUACGCACGCCGUUCGUCAUGAAGGGGUACCUUGAUGAGCCCGCUCAGACUGCAGAGACGGUUAUGGAGGAUGGGUGGAUUCGGACGGGCGAUAUUGGGUGGGUUGAUGCGGAGGAUCGGCUAUAUAUUGUUGGUCGUUCCAAGGAUCUAUUCAAGAUCAACGGCGACAAUGUCACGGCAGCGGAGAUCGAGGCGGCGCUUCUGCUGCAUCCGGAUGUCCAGGAUGUUGCUGUCAUCCCAGUGAUUCUGCCAGGAGACCCAGAACCCGUCCCCCGCGGCUACAUAGUCAAAUCCGACAAAUCCACCCUGACCCUCUCCGAACUCGGCUGCUGGAUGAAGGACAACCACCCUCCGGAAUUGUCUCUUCUCGGCGGCGCGUCGUUUAUCGAGGCUAUCCCGAUUGCAAAUGGCGGAAACAGCAAAGUCGACCGACAACGCCUCGUGCAGCUCGCACAGCGGGAGCUUUCUCUGUCUAAUGGUAACUGA